AUGGCCCAUGACCAGCUUGAUGUGUUGACGGCUUUCCUGUAUGGCGUCAUGAAGGAACAAGUGUUCUGUGUGAUUCCUGAAGGCGUCAACCUUGAUAGUACGUUCGACUGCCUGGAAUUGGUGAAGUCAAUUUACGGCCUCAAGCAAGCGUCGCGAGUGUGGAACGAGACGUUCGACGAGUAUGUGUGCUCCAUCGGAUUCCAAGCGUCGUACUUCGACCCAUGUCUCUACAUCAAGACUUCGGACGGCCAUUGUGUGCUUGUACUGGUCGACGUGAAAGACGUCUUGAUGGCAGACAGCGGCAAGUAUUCAUUUGUUCUUGGGAUCGAGCUUUUGGACGGUGGAGAUGGCAGUGUGACUCUGUGUCAGCGCCAUUAUGUCGAUGAUAUCCUCAAGCGCUUUGGAAUGGAGGAGUGCAAGGCUGUGGCGAGUCCUGUGGAUGUCAGUUCUCGACUGAUGUCAAGCAGCACAGCGAGCAAGAUUGUGGCAAAGUCACUACUCAAAUUUUGUAUGAGGAUCGGUGGCCACAUCUUUAACGCGCCGCUUACUGGUGGAAAAGGAGGCCAUGAGACUCGGCGAUCCAAUACGGAGGUGGAAGAUGAUAUUAACGGGAUCGGCGAACCGAUCCAACUGUCGUUAGACUAA